AUGGGGGAAGCGAGAGGGGCAGACCUUCGCAGACGCCGUGUUCUUCAUAUCUUAGGAAAGAUAGCUUCUCGGAAGGCCGGAGGCCUUCCGAGCCUUCGCGCCCCUGGGAUCGCCGCCGGCUUGCCCGCCGCUCGUCUGUCCGUCGUGUCGUCGCCCUGUUCUCUGCCACCGGGCUCCUCCCGCGCCUGCCUCGAGACGUGUCGCGGGCCGCGCCCGAGGUCCUUCUCCUCCAUCGUGGGACCGAACGGCAGCGGCAAGUCCAACACGAUCGACGCGCUGCUGUUCGUGUUCGGGAAGCGCGCGAAGAAGAUGCGCCUCAACAAGGUGUCCGAGCUCAUCCACCAGUCUGCGGAGCUGCCCAACGUGCCGAGCGCGAAGGUGGAGGUGACGUUCCAGGACAUCAUGGACACCGGCGACGGGCCCGAAGACUACGAGAUCGUCGAGGGAUCCACGCUCUGCGUGGGCCGCGAGGCGUUCCGGAACAACCAGUCCAAGUACUACAUGGACGGCAAGGCGAGCAACUUCACCGAGGUGACCCAGGUGCUCCGCAAGCGCGGCGUGGACCUGGAGCACAACCGCUUCCUCAUCCUGCAGGGCGAGGUCGAGCAGAUCUCGCUGAUGAAGCCGAAGGCACUGACGCCGCACGAGGAUGGCCUGCUGGAGUACCUGGAGGACUGUUUCUGUGCCUGCGGCGCGCGUUCUCACUCUGGCCUCUGA